ACAUGGGUUUUAGGAAGCGUAUUGGUUUCUUUGUGAGGUUCCCUGCUAUUGGUUGAAGUAAGUUGAAGCUCUGUCUUUUCUUGGCUACAGUAGGACUCGUGUUAACUGUUACUUUUCUAUUGUGGCCAUUGCUUUGCGGGUCCUUCCUCCCUGGAGUUGUUUCUGCUGUCCUUCCAUCGGUUUUGGUGAAAUGAUCUUACCUUAGAGAAUACUGAUCCGUUGAUUGGUUUGGUCAAGCCACAGUAUGGUUUUGAUUUGAAAAUCUGCAGACUUCCCAUGAUUGGAACUUCUCUAUAAAGUGGUUGCUCGGAUCAUAUUUUUCAGUAACAUAAAUACUUGGGGUUAUGUUUCAGCAACCUCUGUACGUUGUGUUGUCAUUGAGUAGACUGUGGAAUCUGUAUUAGAAGGGUUUUCUUACCAUUUGGAAUUGACAGAUGAAACAAGUCAACAUCUGUGUAAAUGUUAAUAACUGAGUUUUUGUUCUGUUGAUGCUUAUUUGUUUAAAAUCUCUUUCCAUUGCUUGUGGGGUAGGUGCAGAGUAAUCAGUCUUGACUCUCAAGGUGGCUUAGUAAUAACAGAAAGCCCAAGCUUGACUGGGUGAUUGGAGGUUGCAGGUGUUCCCAUCUUUUUAUUUCCUGUUAAUUCUUCAUUUGCAUACAUGUUUACGUUUUUAUUUCCGAAAAUCAGAGGUAGACAUCUGUUGUCUUCCUUGGUAGAUUUAUGGGCAUUCAGAAGCUUUGAUGAUUUGGAAAACUCCAUUCCCUUGUCAUCUGAGGUCUUAGGAGCACAGGGAGUUUGAGGAUACAGAUGAUGGCACCUGUACACGUACUGGCACUGAUUUUAUUUUCUUUUUUCUUUCUCUCUCUCUCUUUUUUUUUUUUUUUUAAAGGUGAGCCCAUUUGUUACCCUUGGAGGUUAGACCACAGGAAUAUUUUUGUUUUUCUUUCAAUAUUUAAAAUUUUGAGCUGGCCAGUAUUUUUUAAAUUCUCACUUGCAACAUGAAUUUCCAGAACUUGUACCAGUCGAAUAUGGCCUUAUAUAUUGCAUAGAUCCCUUUCUGGAAUAGAGAUAUAAACCCUUUGUGUGUGUGUGUGUGUGUGUGUGUGUGUGUUUGUUUUGUUUUGUUUUUGUAUGUAUUUUUUUACCGGUUAAUUUUUUUUUAACUUUUUAAAACUUAUUUGUACAUAAAUUACACUAACUUUGUGUGUUUUUUAUGCCUGAUAUUAUUUGAGAUAAUAUGCUAUGCAGUCAUCUUUACACUAAUCCAGAAGAAACCUCUUAAAACUGAGUGCCACUCGAGGCACCUGGCUGGCUCAGUCAGAGCAUGUGACUCUUGAUCUUGAGGUUGUAAGUUCGAGCCCCGCACUGGGUGUAGCGAUUACUUAAAAAAUAAACUUUAAAAAAAAGUUUAAAAAUUGAGUGCCAGUCAUCAUAAUGGCAGACAGUCUUGGUAAACUUGGUUGAAUCUACCAAAAACAAAUAUUGCCUUUCCAUAGGCUUGCCGUCUUGCCCCACAGAUAAAAUCCUAGAAUUUGAGCUCUUUUUCCUAAACCAAGAGGAGUAUUCAUAACAUAGUUUGAAUGAUAGUUUUGUUGGUAUAUUCCCCCUAAACUCAUGAAUAAUCUUGCUUUAAGAAAAACUUUGAAAUGAUCCUUUUAGCCAAUUGGUAUAGUCGGCACUUGUGCUAGACCUGAGGAAUUCAACCCUUUAGAAAAUGGCUGUUAGAAUUUCCUCUUACUCAGCUCCAAGUGUCUGAUAGCAUGCAGUAAGAUGAUAAUGUGCAUGUAUCAGUCCUCUUCCAGUACAAGAACCACCUGACGUUUUGCUAGCUAUGUUAGAUACUAAAGAAGGCUUCCCCACAAUCCAUUUGCAUCUGCUUUGACUGGUGGUUUCUAUCAACCUACAAAGACUGACUUAUUGGUGAGGGCAGCUGGACAACUCUGAGAGCAACUUAGAGAAAUCCAUCUUGGGCACACUCUAUAAAGGAGCUCCUUCUCUGGAAAUAGCACCCCAGAUAAGUGCACAAAAGCAAGACACCCUCGUGGACCUACUUCCUCCCGCUUUCAACACCCUGAUGCCUGAAGCUAUGCUUGAUACUAAAGGAGGUUUCCUACAUUUGCAUCUUCUGUAUUUUGAAAUUGCAACUAUGGACAGUUAUGGCUAAUCCUAGUAGAUUGUCUUCCCUUCUUUUAACAUCUUGGAUGAAUUUGGGGCACACUAAUGUGUUAAGUGAAGAUGGAUGUUGAAUGUACCUGAAGGAAUUCCGCACAGAGCAGUGCCCACUCUUCGUGCAGCACAAAUGCACUCAGCACCGGCCCUACACCUGCUUCCACUGGCACUUCGUGAACCAGCGGCGUCGCCGGUCCAUCCGCCGUCGGGACGGCACCUUCAACUACAGCCCCGACGUUUACUGCACCAAGUACGACGAGGCUACAGGCCUCUGCCCGGAGGGCGACGAGUGCCCAUUCCUGCACAGGACCACAGGGGACACUGAGCGCAGGUACCACCUCCGCUACUACAAAACUGGAAUCUGUAUCCACGAGACAGACUCAAAAGGCAACUGCACCAAAAACGGCCUGCACUGCGCUUUUGCCCACGGGCCCCAUGACCUCCGUUCCCCUGUCUACGACAUCAGAGAGCUCCAGGCCAUGGAGGCCUUGCAGAACGGCCAGACCGCAGCAGAGGGCAGCACAGAGGGCCAGGCGGCUGGGGCUGCGAGCCACGCUAUGAUAGAAAAAAUCCUCAGCGAGGAGCCACGGUGGCAAGAGACUGCUUACGUGCUGGGGAACUAUAAGACGGAGCCGUGCAAGAAGCCCCCGAGGUUGUGUCGCCAAGGCUAUGCCUGUCCCUACUACCACAACAGCAAGGACCGGCGGCGGAGUCCCCGGAAACACAAAUACAGGUCAUCUCCAUGUCCGAACGUAAAACAUGGGGAUGAGUGGGGAGACCCUGGCAAGUGUGAGAACGGAGAUGCCUGCCAGUACUGCCACACCCGCACGGAGCAGCAGUUCCACCCGGAGAUCUAUAAAUCAACCAAGUGCAAUGACAUGCAGCAGUCUGGUAGCUGUCCCCGAGGACCUUUCUGCGCCUUCGCCCACGUAGAACAGCCACCUCUCAGUGACGAUCUACAACCUUCUUCAACUGUGUCAAGCCCCACUCAGUCGGGUCCCGUCUUGUACAUGCCGUCUGCUGCCGGAGACUCGGUGCCCGUGAGCCCCUCCAGCCCGCAUGCCCCUGACCUCAGCGCUCUCCUCUGUAGAAACAGCAAUCUAGGAAGCCCAUCUAAUCUCUGUGGCUCCCCCCCGGGCUCCAUCAGGAAGCCCCCGAACCUGGAAGGCAUUGUCUUCCCUGGGGAGUCUGGCCUCGCCCCUGGCAGCUAUAAGAAGGCUCCUGGCUUUGAGAGGGAAGACCAGGUGGGAGCCGAGUACCUGAAAAAUUUUAAAUGCCAGGCCAAGUUAAAACCCCAUUCACUAGAGCCCAGGAGCCAAGAGCAGCCUCUGCUUCAGCCCAAACAGGACAUGCUGGCCGUCCUUCCCGCGGGCAGCCCCCUGACCUCAAGCAUCUCUUCCAGCAUCACCUCCAGCCUGGCAGCUACUCCCCCUAGCCCUGCUGGCACCAGCAGCGUCCCUGGCAUGAAUGCAAACGCUCUGCCCUUCUAUCCCACCAGCGACACGGUAGAGUCAGUCAUAGAGUCUGCCUUGGAUGACCUGGACCUGAACGAGUUCGGGGUGGCUGCCCUAGAGAAGACUUUCGAUAACAGCACAGUGCCCCACCCAGGCAGCAUUACAAUUGGUGGCAGUUUGCUGCAGAGCUCUGCGCCCGUGAACAUCCCUGGCUCCUUGGGCAGUUCUGCUUCCUUCCACUCGGCAUCCCCGUCCCCUCCUGUCAGCCUUUCCUCACAUUUCCUGCAGCAGCCCCAGGGCCACCUGAGCCAGUCAGAAAACACAUUUCUGGGGACCUCAGCAUCACAUGGAUCUUUGGGUCUGAACGGGAUGAAUAGCAGCAUCUGGGAGCAUUUUGCCUCUGGUAGCUUCUCCCCAGGCACUUCCCCGGCCUUCCUGUCAGGGCCAGGGGCUGCUGAGCUGGCCCGGCUGCGGCAAGAGCUCGAAGAAGCCAAUGGCACCAUCAAGCAGUGGGAGGAGUCCUGGAAGCAGGCUAAGCAGGCUUGUGAUGCCUGGAAGAAGGAGGCAGAGGAGGCCGGUGAGCGGGCCAGUGCAGCAGGUGCCGAGUGCGAGCUGGCCCGGGAGCAGCGGGAUGCACUGGAGGGGCAGGUUAAGAAGCUGCAGGAAGAGCUGGAGCGGCUGCACUCGGGCCCCGACCCGCAGGCCUUGCCCACCUUCUCUGACCUGGAGGCCCUCUCGCUCUCCACCCUCUACUCCCUCCAGAAGCAGCUGCGGGCCCACCUGGAACAAGUGGACAAGGCCGUGUUCCACAUGCAGUCGGUGAAAUGCCUUAAGUGUCAGGAGCAGAACCGAGCGGUGCUGCCGUGCCAACACGCCGUGCUGUGCGAGCUCUGUGCCGAGGGCAGCGACUGCCCCGUCUGCCAGCCCAGCCGGGCCCACACCCUCCAGUCGUGACCCUGCAGGCCUGGCCCCGGCCCGGCUCAGAUCUUCUUACCUAGGACUUUUUAAAGUAUAUAUAUAUAUGUAUGUAUGUAUGUAUGUAUAUGUAUAUGAUUAUAUGUAUACAUUUCUGUGCGUGUGCGGGUAUGCGUGGGCAGCAGUGUGUGAACAGUGUCUGUGUGUAUAUCUGUACAUAGAUAUAGACACACACUUUAAAACAGACUUACCAAGCACUUUUUAAAAGAAAAAACUAUUUUGCAGCCCUGCCCUUGCCCACUCUCUCCUUUUCCACUGCAGAGACAAAGUCCCUUCCUUGCCCACCGGCUUUUUGGCAGGGGAUAUGUUUCUGUCUCUUUUUAAUGUAGGAAAACUAACUAGUUUUAACUUUUUCCUGGGGCCCGAGCAGGAAGCUGAAAGGGGCCAAGGGGAGGAACCAGGCCUUCAGGGCAGGCCCUGUUCACCGCACCUCCCCAGGCCAUGGCCAGAGCCGGGGUGUGGACAUCCCCGGGGCCAGACCUGGUUCCCAGCCACGAGGCUUGAGAAGGGGGGUGUGCUGGGGUCCAAGCCAGCCUAGCUCCUAGGUUACCAAGUGUGUAUUUAGUCUGGGGUUGGCAGGCCAGAGCUGCAGGGGCCAGCCCCGCUCCCAUCCCUGGGCCCUUGAAGCUCCUUGAGGGGCAAGGCCCGGGGGUUCUACCCCUCAGGUUCCUGAGGCCAGGGGUCCGCCUCAGUUCUCUCCCUCCGGGCCCCCAGAGCAGCCUCCCUGGCCCCAGGACCCCUUACCAGACUGGCACUGCCCUCUUCAUAACCCUCUAGCUGCUGUCAGCGUCCCCCCCCCCCCCCCCCCGCAGCUAGCGGGGCAAAUGGCGGGAAGGAGCUGCGGACUGGGGACCAAGGUGGGGCUUAGGCCCUGCCCUCCUCACCGGGAGGGGCUCCGUAUGCAUUCCUUGGUGCUCUCUUGAGUGCAGCUGACGUCCUGCCCGUUUGGAGCAGACGCCUGUGUACGUGUGUGUGCGUGCCUGUCCAAUGUAUAUUGUGUCUUAGCUUCCAUUUUAAAAAUUGUUCUGUACAGAAAGAUGCAGCGGGGGCGGGAGGGGCAGAGCGGGCGGAGGGAAGCCGCCCUUGUCCCAGCGCUCGGGGUCUGGGGUGGGAGCAAGAGGGCUGUGAAGGGUCUGGCCUGGCCCAGGCUCCCCCUUGGGCUCAGCACGAAAGGGCUUUCAAUGAAUUAAGUGAAAACUUUUUUUUACAAAAAUUCAAAAAUCAACAAAGCUCCAAACCUAUUGGAAAUAAAAUAUGAACUUACA